GCGUAAAGAAAGCAAGUUGCGUUCGGAGUUCGGACUUGGCACAUUCCAACCCUGGACCGCUCCUCCAACUCCAAUCCAACACGGGAUUGUUUAAUCUAAUCCCAACACAGCACCAACAUAAUUCCAGCUCACGCUCCGCCAUAACAUCCCCCCUCGGCGCCGGCCUCCGACCCGCUCUCACCACCUCCUCGCGCGUUCUCGGGAUUGGCUUCUUUGUGACGUCGCAGGAACCUGUGGCCCUGCCAGGCACUCGUCGCUGUCGAGGCUGACAGCGACGGAGGGGGAAGCAGCAGCUGCCGUCGUGGUUUCGGUUUCUUGGCUGACUCCGAGUUCGAUUCCUCCUUUUCUCUCCUGAGGGUGGUGCAUAUAUUCCUCCCCAUCUCGGUUCAUUGUUCGGACUUCUUUAGCUUUGAUUCAAUUGUUCUCAACUUUCUAUCCUUUUCUUUCUCAAUUAUUGGAUUGGAUUAGGAGGGGCAUUAGAAGGUUCUAUUAUAGAGUUGGCUGGAAUCCCCGUCGCUGCUCCCCGUCUCCUCCUCUCUAGUGGAGUGGCUGGUCGCCGGCGGGCGGCACCGCCGGAGGCAGCUGUUAACCGCCGCGGCAGUUGCAGUGCGGCGCCAGGUCGUCUCUUGUAGCGAGUCGUCGUGACCUACAUAUAGCAAGGUCGCCAUCUACCCAUCUCCUCAUCGACGUGCGGGGGCCCAUCGGGUGCCGGGCGUGGCGAGCCCAGCCACCGUUCUUGCGCCGGAGUUCUCGCACGGGUUCCAUAACUUCCUUGUGGCGUCUGCCUAGAAAGUAGUAAGAAAAUACAUAGCGGAAGAUGAGAUCAGUAUUUCGGUCUCUCCACCAGCUCCGUCGUGUCACCCAGCACCAUGCAGAGAGACACUCGUCAUCAAACAGAUUGAUCAGGCAGCAGAGUGCUCUGGUCUUGUGCAGUUCGACAUCCCGUUCACUGAACACGCUACAUCAUAAUGUUGAAAUUACCAGAUUUACGAGUCCAGCUGUGAAAUUAUUUAGGUCCAUGUUCUCCACUAUUGCGGCUGAUUCAAUCAAAGAUAUUGGACGAGCUGGUCCAAUGGUGGAAUAUGAGAGGAGAAUAGCAUCAGGGGAACUUGUAGAUGGCGAUAGCUUUCAGGUUGACACAAUUCAACAAUUGCAAAGGCUCUAUGAGGAGCUGAUUGAGAACGAAGAAGCCUGCCAGCUGGAUAGAUAUAAGUCAUCUGAGAAAUCAGGACGGAGUCGAUGGCUAUGGUCUCGCCUCAUUACCCAGCCUUCUACCUAUGCUCCGGUGAAGGGGUUGUAUCUGUAUGGAGGUGUCGGUACAGGGAAGACAAUGCUUAUGGACCUGUUCUAUGAGCAACUGCCAGCUAAUUGGAGAAAAAAACGAAUUCACUUUCACGAUUUUAUGCUGAAUGUGCAUAGUUGUCUACAGAUGCACAAAGGUGUUUCAGAUCCCCUUGAUGUGGUAGCAGCUGAGAUUUCAGAUGAGGCCAUCAUAUUAUGUAUUGACGAGUUUAUGGUAACUGAUGUUGCUGACGCUAUGAUUUUGAACCGGCUGUUCAGACAUUUGUUCAGCAAAGGCGUUAUUCUUGUCUCGACCUCUAAUCGUGCUCCAGAUAAGCUUUAUGAAGGUGGCUUACAGAGAGACCUAUUCUUGCCUUUCAUUGACACCUUGAAAGAAAGGUGCAUCGUGCACCCCAUUGGCUCUGCGGUAGACUAUCGUCAAUUGGGCUUUGCUGAGAAAGGUUUCUAUUUUGUCGAGAAACAUUACAGUACGCUUUUUAAACAGAAGCUCCAAUCUUUAAUCGGAGACAAGGAACCUAGACCACAAACUGUUGAAGUAGUUAUGGGACGGAAAUUGCAGGUUCCACUGGGAGCAAAUGGUUGUGCAUAUUUCCCGUUUGAAGAUCUUUGUGAUAGACCUUUAGGUGCUGCAGAUUAUUUUGGACUCUUUAAAAAGUUUCACACCCUGGCACUUGAUGGUGUUCCAAAGUUUGGGUAUAGUAACAGAACAGCAGCUUAUCGGUUUGUCACACUGAUUGAUGUUAUGUAUGAGAAUAAAGCAAGGUUAUUAUGCACAGCCGAGGCUGCGCCAAUAGAACUAUUUGAGAAUAUUGUGACGGUUGCUGAAGCACAAAAAAAUUCUCCAAGAUCUUCGCGUUCACAGAAAAGCGACGAUCCUGACCUAUGUGUGGACAACGAGCUUGGAUUUGCCAAGGAUCGUACUAUUAGUAGGUUGACAGAGGUCAAUAGUAGAGAGUACUUGGAGGAUUUUGAAGCGAGAUUGCAGCAGCAGCAGCCCUUGCAAGGUGUAGAUAAUGGUGGUGAUGUUGUACUGGCAUGAGUAUAGCAGCACUCUGUGCUUGAUAUUUGAAAUUCAUCUUGUAUUUGCCCACCUGGAUUACAUAGGAAACUGAAAAGGUCUGCUUUUGCAGCAGUGGUGCAUGCAAAUUUGCAUUAAGUAGUGAAAAAGGCAUGCUUAACCAACAGUGAUGGAUGUAAAAGUACAAUAAGCUUUGUAAGAAUUUUUUUGCAAAUGGGCGGGUGAUCCAUAAAAUGUCUCAUUGUAGAGAGGGGGGGGGGGGGGGGGUUUCUUACCGGAACCUGUGUUGUAUUUAUGUUUGUCAAACAUUCAGAUAGGCCUAAGCUCGAAACGAGUUGGCCAUUAAAAGUGCUCUGGAGAGAUCAUUUGGGCAUUAAAAGCGUGCUCUGGUGGAGCUCAUUGAUCUUUUUCUUU